UUUCGUGAUUAUAUUAAUUAUCUUCUUAAUUGUGUUUUUUCUCUCUCUUCUUUCAUAUUUCAAAAAGUCUCUUUUGACCAUCUUCACCUUCUCCUUCUUCUUCCCUUCUUCGUCGUCCCUGCCCCAUUCCUUCCUCUCUUUCUCUCUCUCUUCUUUCUCUCUCUUAAUCAUCUACACCUCAUACACGGUUUCAUUUCUCAAUGAAUGAUAAUUUUUCUCAUAUAUCCAAUUUUUUCCAUUGCUUUUGAUCCAUUUUUCAAACACCAUGGGUUUAUGUUUUUCAUCCACAAAAGUAGUUAGCGGCUCUAACGGCAAUACAACGAAUAAUGAUAACCGUAAACGGAAUUCGUCGACCUCCACGGAAACCGUUACCGGGACGUCAACGAAGGCAGGGGCGGCGUCGGUACAGAAACAUCUGGUGCCGAGCUCUGGUCAGCGGAGGAGAGGACCGGAUGAAGGCCAGAAGAAAGGUAAUCCAAGUCAGCAAACGAAGCCGAAAGAUAAAGUUAGUUCGCGGCAUGUUCCGUGUGGGAAGCGAACGGAUUUUGGUUAUGAGAAGGAUUUUGAUAAGAGGUUUACGCUUGGGAAAUUGCUGGGACAUGGACAAUUUGGUUAUACUUAUGUUGGAAUUGAUAAAUCUAAUGGAGAUCGUGUUGCUGUUAAGAGACUAGAGAAAGCAAAGAUGGUUCUCCCCAUUGCUGUUGAAGAUGUAAAGAGAGAGGUCAAGAUAUUGAAAGAACUUACCGGCCAUGAAAACGUGGUUCAGUUCUAUAAUGCUUUUGAGGAUGAUUCAUAUGUGUACAUAGUUAUGGAGUUAUGCGAGGGGGGAGAACUACUAGACCGGAUACUGGGCAAGAAGGACAGCCGUUAUACUGAAAAAGAUGCUGCAGUGGUUGUAAGGCAGAUGCUGAAGGUUGCAGCUCAAUGUCAUUUACAUGGUUUAGUACAUCGCGACAUGAAGCCAGAGAAUUUUCUUUUCAAAUCAAACAGAGAAGAUUCAGCUUUAAAGGCUACUGAUUUUGGUUUGUCUGAUUUCAUAAAACCUGGAAAGAGGUUUCCAGAUAUUGUUGGAAGUGCUUACUACGUCGCACCAGAAGUGUUAAAACGGAAGUCUGGCCCUGAAUCGGAUGUAUGGAGUAUUGGUGUGAUUACAUAUAUAUUGCUUUGUGGGAGACGGCCAUUUUGGGAUAAGACUGAGGAUGGUAUCUUCAAGGAGGUCUUACGGAAUAAGCCUGAUUUCCGGCGGAAACCAUGGCCAACCAUAAGUACUGCUGCAAAAGAUUUUGUGAAGAAAUUGUUGGUAAAAGAUCCUCGGGCAAGAUUAACUGCUGCUCAGGCUCUAUCACAUCCAUGGGUUAGAGAAGGAGGAGAGGCAUCCGAGAUUCCGAUUGAUAUAUCUGUCCUAAAUAACAUGCGACAGUUUGUAAAGUAUAGUCGAUUGAAACAAUUUGCAUUGAGGGCAUUGGCCAGCACACUUAACGAAGGUGAGUUUUCUGAUCUAAAAGAUCAGUUUGAUGCAAUAGACGUGGACAAAAAUGGCGCUAUUAGUCUUGAAGAGAUGAGACAGGCUCUUGCUAAAGAUCUCCCAUGGAAGUUGAAAGAAUCCCGGGUAUUAGAGAUAUUGCAAGCGAUAGACAGCAACACAGAUGGACUAGUAGAUUUUACCGAGUUUGUAGCAGCUACAUUACAUGUGCAUCAAUUGGAGGAACAUGACUCUGAUAAGUGGCAGCAACGGUCACAGGCUGCUUUUGAGAAAUUUGACUUAGAUAAGGAUGGCUAUAUUACUCCAGAGGAACUGAGAAUGGUUGGUCUUUCUCAAUCUCCCUUAACAGUUUUGCAUACUGGUAUGAGAGGCUCCAUUGAUCCUUUGCUUGAGGAAGCCGAUAUUGACAAAGAUGGAAAGAUCAGCUUACCAGAAUUUCGGAGACUUUUAAGAACUGCAAGCAUUGGUUCUCGAAAUAUAAAUAGCCCGUCUCACCGUAACAGAAGGGCCUAGGUUAGAAGUGUUUCAGAGGCGGAGAUGAUUCAGAUUUGGGAGUGGUGGAGUUUCCUUUUAAGAUGAUCUCCUGUGCAGAUUGUGUUGAAGCCAUUGAGAUAUUUGUUCUGCAAAUUUUGCACUCUCUGGCCAUUUUAUGGAACACUAAAACUACAGUAAUAUUGACUAUGGCGUCUCGAAGAGGAUUGUGUUAAAAGCUUAGUCUAGAGGACUCUGUCAAGAAGUGUUUCAUACAGUGUGUAUAGACCCUGCUUGGAUUGGCUUCAGGUAUCAAAGUUGAGAGUUUCCAUCAGUGUACAUUAUUUUUUAAGUGUCAGGGUUUUCUGGAUUUACUUGUGCCAUAACAUGUAAUGUGUAACUAUAAAUAAAAAUCUUUUAUUCUAUCCAAAAUGAGAAAAAAAGAAGGAAGAACCAGAGUAAUAUAUUUAGAUUUUUAGA